AUGGACGUUUCGUAUUACAAAUCGUCGUCAGAUUCGUCGUGUCAACUUAUCAAUAGCGAAGAUUAUCAAAAGUUAAUUGGUUGCUUGUUGUAUAUAUCAGUUAAUUCACGACCAGAUAUUGCGGCAAGUGUCAGUAUUUUGGCUCAAAAGGUGUCAAAUCCAACACAGAAUGAUUGGAAUCAGCUGAAGCAAGCUCUCAAAUAUUUGAAGGAAACAUCAAACAUUAAGUUAAAAUUGAGCAGAGUUGAUUCCAAAGAAAGUGACUUGAUCGGUUAUGCAGAUGCAAACUGGGCGGAAGAUCGAAACUCAAGAAAAUCAAACAGCGGCUAUGCGUUUUUCUACAAUGGUGGUUUGAUUAAUUGGACAUGCCGAAAACAAUCGUGUGUCUCACUUUCAUCUACGGAAGCUGAAUUUAUAGCAUUGUCUGAUGCAUGCCAGAAGCAAUUUGGCUUCAGCGAUUAUUAA